CAUUUUUUCAAACUGUACAAACAUUGAACAAUAUAGUAAAAGUGACAAUCAAUACCACUAUACCUACGUUUUUCAUCGUGCAGCUAAGUGUUUAUAUUAGAUUUAUUUUAAAAGUAAUGGACAAGAUGACUAUUGAUCCUGCCAAGUCGAUUCCGGCUUUUUACGCUGUACAAAGUAUACUUUUAACUGGUGCAACAGGAUUUCUGGGUAAAGUUUUUGUCGAAAAGGUGCUACGAUCUUGUCCAGAUGUUCGUGAAAUAUUUCUGUUAAUGCGGCCGAAAAGAGGGUCAAAUGUUAAUGAAAGGCUCGAAAAAAUAUUAAAUUUACCGUUGUACGAAGAACUACGCAAAGAGCAACGUUUGAAUUCGGAAAAAUUAAUUCCAAUUUCUGGCGAUAUCAAAGAAAAAGACUUAGGUUUAUCGGUUGCCGAUAAACAAAUACUGAUUGAAAGAGUGUCUAUAAUAAUACAUGCAGCGGGAGAUGUAAAACUUUUGAAUAGUUUCAAGUACGCCAUACUUGCCAAUACUAGGGCAACAAGAGACAUUUGUAUUUUAGCGCAAAAUAUGAAGAAUUUAAUAGCAUUGGUACACAUAAGUACAGCGUUUACACACGUGAAUGAGCCAACAAUUGAAGAAAAAGCGUAUCCACCCAUAGCUGACUGGCAAAAGAUAAUCAAAAUGGCCGAGACAUUAGAUGAAUAUACUUUAAAAAUUUUCGAAGCUAAAUGUUUAGAUUACUUUCCCAAUGCGUAUACUUUCUCAAAAGCUCUAGCUGAAAGUGUAAUACAGGAAUAUUCUUCCUCUUUGCCUUGCGCGAUUAUAAGACCUUCCAUGGUAAUGCCAGCAUUAAAAGAACCAAUGCCAGAAUGGAUAGAUAACUUUUAUGGUCCUAUUGGACUUAUGAUUGGUAUCGGAAAAGCAUUAAUACGAGUAUGCUACUUUUCUACAGCUUGUAUUAACACUGUGCCGGUAGAUAUUGUUGUCAAUGAAAUAAUAGUGGUAACUUGGAAGAUAGGAUCAACCAUCUUUACAGAUUCUACAUUUAUUGUUUUAAAUUGUAUAAGUCAGAAAAAUUUAACCCAUCAAAAUGGUGCUAAGAUUUUUUACAAAAUUAUGAUUGAUGAAGUACCUCUGGAAGGAAUUGUUUGGACUCCUAACGUAAUAAUGACUGAUAAUUUUGUUUUGUAUUAUAUUUUAACAAUAUUAUUGCACGUUCUACCAGCUGCAUUAAUGGAUUUAAGUUCAAAAUUCUCUAGACGACGACCUAUGAUAUUACAGCUGCAAAGACAAUUGUAUGCGGCCAAUCGUGCAGUGAGUUAUUUUACGUUUCAUAACUGGAAAUAUAUCAAUACUAAUACAUCGUUACUCUUAUCAUCAAUACCAUCUGAUGACAAAGACACAUUUUCCUUCGAAACUGCUGAAUAUGAUAUGAGAGGGUAUAUAAAGACUUGUAUAAUUGGUUUUAAAAAGUUUCUUCUUCAUGAAGAUAUGAAUAGACUGGAUGCAGUCAGAGCACGUAACAAAAGAGUAUAUCUCUUCGUGACAAUAGUGGAAACUGCCAUUUUUAUUGGAUUGUGGAUAAUAUAUCAACGGAUUUAUUCUUAUACAUAA